AGUGGCCUCCGCAUUAAUAGAUACUGUGUCCCAAUUAAUCACCAGGUGCAUUGGGCACUUCAGUGAAUAAAUAAAUGCCACACCACAAAUACACAGCUGUUUUUUCCCCCUUAUGAAAAAAACAGGUGAUGCCAAUAGAUUUUUAAAAUUUGGUGAUGGUGAUUAUCAUUACUAUGAUUGAUACCACAACACACGUGGGGUCUGUAAAGCUGAAGUUUACUGUGGACAUUUAAGUGCUAUUGCAGUUUGGGGACUGGGAAAACACAAAUGCACUUUGCACAAUAUAAGGAAAUACAAUGUUUAAAGAUAGAUAGAUUUAUUAGUUUUUUAGGUAGGGGUGUAAAUGUGGUGUCAAUCAAGGACAGGCACAAAAUGACUUAUUGACACACAGGAUUACAGUCUUAAUAAAUUCUAUUACAAUUUUGUAAUUCACUGUAAUUUGGAGAAAAUGAGUUCAUGCCAAUCACAAAAUCAUGCCAAAACUAUAAAUGCAUGGAUUUAGAAGACCACAAUGUAUCCUACACGGCAUUCUCCUAUUAUAGUUGAUUGUGUGGUGUGUGGCGUAAAAGUUGUUAAACUAAACAAUCAGGUUGCAAUCACAGCUCAUCCCAUAUGAUGUGCACGUCUUUUCAAUGACAUUGACGCCAUGAUCCAAACGGAAGAAAGAGAUGCCAUUUUGGCCGAUGUGGAGAUCUCCAAUAAUGAGACUCCAUACACGACUAUGAAGUGUGCUGUCUUUGGCAGACGUGGUAGACGUGGCAGACAGGUCUGUGAAUCAGGUGUACCUAAUACGCUGUCACAUUGUUUUCCAGGCAGAUAUCUUACCACCAAUUACACACACUGGGCAUGACUUUAGGGAGUCUAUGUUUGCUAAUGCAUGAUAGUUCUGUAUUUCCAUUGGUCAGAUGCCACGGAAAGUGUACUUGUGGUCCGUAAAGAGUAGGACUGAAUGUUACUACCGUAAUAGCAGAGCACUGUGUGGAUUAAGAGGCGUGACAAGCACGUGUUGUGUAGGGGUGGAGAGAGGACUUGCCAUGGGGAUUUUCAAGAUUUUUCUUUGUAGAUUUUAAACAGAAUAGAUGUUCCCGUGUGUGUGUGUGUGUGUACUGUAUAUGUUAAAACCAUGCUGCAGUGAUUGUCCCUCAAUCAACACACAAACUUCCUGUGUCUAACACAUGUACAGUAGCUCUGUCUGCCACAAGUCUAUGCCCGGUGCUUGGCACCAGUAGUGGACUCUCCAAAUUGGGCCAUAGAGACUGUGACACUUGAGGCCAGCUCUCCCUAUAAGCACCUGUUCCUCCACGUCACAUCAAGGUUCCAAUACGAAAUUGUGUGUGAUGGUUUUCCAAGGGGGACCAUUUGCGUAGCUAGUGCAGUGACUAUAUAUUCUCCAUGAUGGUUCGUACCUCCAUUCAAGUGCAGGCAAGAACUGACUGUGCACACACAGGUAUUCUGCUGUUCUUCCAGAUUAACAUGAAGGUAAGAGAAAUACCUUUUUUUUGUUGUUGUUUUUUUUUAAGCAAUAAUUUUUCACCGUUUUCUACUUGUAUUUAUGCUUAUGUCUUAUGGUGCUCAUUCAGCACAGUGCUUUGUUUAAUUCUAUACACUAUUCUCUUUCUGUGUGCAUGAAGGGCAUCAGUAGCCAUGCGUCUUCACUGUUGGCACGUCUGAACCACCAACGACAACAAGCUCACUUGUGUGACUGUGUGCUCAGACAGAGACAGGAGCCAGGCCAACUCUACCCAGCACACAAGUGUGUUCUGGCCGCCUCCAGUCCGGUUUUAGAUGCUAUGCUGUCCUCUACUGGUUCUUUACUAGAACUGCAGGAUCCUUGCCUGGCUGACUUUGUCCUGCCGCUGGUUUUGGACUACAUUUACACUGGGGCUCUUCCUAUCACUCUGAGUUGGCAACAGAAUGACAGUCUACUUGCUGCUGCACGCCUCUUAGAGAUGGCGGACCUGCAGGAGGUUCUAAUGAACAGUCCACAAGUGGGAAUGGAUGAUGUAACGAGACUCCCUGAAGACCCUUUUGUGACUUGUGGAAGUCAUGAUGAUGACGAUGAUUCAGUGUGCAUCCCUAGGUUGUGUGGAAUUGAUGGCGGACCACGAAUGCUUUAUUCUUUGUCCAGUCAAGAAGAGCUAGUGAGGAAAGAGUGUAUGACCAAUAUGGACCACAGUCCUCCUUCAUCCUCCACUCACUGCUGUGAGUCGGUCAUACGUCACAUCAGCAGAGCCACUACAUCCCCCAGAAGAACUGUGGAGCUACCUCCUGCAUGUGAAACUGCGGAGAAGUCAUAUCACUGCCUGUCUCCACACAGGGACGCGCAGGUCCCACACGACUUGGGCCUUCAUCGUGUCUCUUCCAGUCAUUCAGAGCGGUCCAGCGAUGAAGAGGAGGACGUUGGCAGCAAACCUGCCAAGAUGCUGGUGCAAGAACAGGAGCAUGUUGAUGAAGAAGCUGCACUAAGACACAAUGAUAAGUGUCCUGUGGUGAACACAGAGGCGCACCAAAAUCCCAGUGUGUCACGUGACCAGGUUCAAGCAUCUUCUUCUACAUUUGGACCAGGCGGUCGUCCAUUCCAGUGCUUCCUGUGCACACGCUCCUUCAGCCAGCGAGGCACCUUGAACAGACACAUGCGCUCUCACCUCGGGGUGCGACCUUUCCGCUGCCCCCGCUGCCCUAUGACCUUUUCGCGCCAGUACCGCGUCACGGAGCAUAUGCGUGUGCACGAGCGCUGCAGUGACGUCAGGGAUGGCUUGAGAAAUCCACCCGUCUCUUUGAUUUGAGGUAGCUCAAUGGAGGCUAUCUGGACCUUGAUGCCUUUCCGUCCUGCUCGUCACAUUGUAUGCAGAAUUAAUCACACAACGCAAACAAAUUAUUCAGACCGAUACCGUAAAUGCGCCAAUUAACCACCAAGUCUCCUUUAGUUGUCCACAAAAAGCCAGGGUCUCUAAUUAGCAUUGCUAUUAACAGCUGUGGCUGUAGGUGACCCCCACAAGACAACAGUAAGUGCAUUUGAAGUAUCACGAGUGGUCAUCGUCCACCAGCUUUAUCUAGCUCUGCGUGUGCUUUAAAAUGUUGGCUGCACUACUCAGCUGUUAGUGUGAAACUCAUGCAUGUUACACUUGAUUGACUUCAUUGCCGCUAAUGAACUCAUUAGCGGCAUUAAUGCUGGGUGAGCGGUUUGCUCCUUAUUGCUAUUACAACAUUGGUUCUAUUGCUGCUCUGUUGUGCAAUAUACUGUGGUGUGAAAAAGUGUUUGCCCCCUACCUGACUUGUUAUAUCUUUUUGCAUGUUUGUCACAUGUAUAUGUUUCAGAUCAUCAAACAAAUUUAAAUAGUCAGUGACAACACAUCUAAACAGAAAUGCAGUUUUUAAAUGAAACUUUUUAUUAUUAAGGGAGGGAUAACAUCCAAACCUACAUGGCCUUGUAUGAAAAAGUGAUUGCUUCCUAAACCUAAUAACUGGUUGGGCCACCCUUAGCAGCAACAACUGCAAUCAAGCAUUUAAGAUAACUUGCAGUGAGUCUCAGACAUGACUCUCACUCAUCUUUGCAGAAUUGUUGUAAUUCAGCCACAUUAGAGGGUUUUCCAGCAUGAAGCGCCUUUUUAAGUUCAUUCCACAGCAUCUCAGUAAGAUUGAGAUCAGGACUGAUGAUUGGAUGAUUGUCCUACUGCAGGACCCAAGUUCAUCUCAGCUUGAGGUCACAAACAGAUUCUCCUUCAGGAUUUGGUGGUAAACAGAAUAUUUCAUGGUUCCAAAUAUCACAGGAAGUCUUCCAGACCCUGAAGCAGCAAAACAGCCUCAGACCAUCACACUACCACCACCAUAUUUUACUGUUGGUAUGUUAUUUUUC